UGCUUUAUUUUACGACUGUCGCAGUUCGACUGAACAUGUUUUCCAGGAAACAAACAUAAAAUAUUGUGUUUUGGGUAAUAAUUUCAUAUAGAAAUGGCAUCUAAAGUCUCUUUGCAUAAGACUGAUACAGAAAAGGUUGCACUUGCAAUACAGUUUAAAACCGAAGGCAAUGAGAGUCAUAAAAAGCAAGAUUUUAAGGUGGCAAUUGGCAAGUACCACAGAGCAUUGCUGCAGCUGAAAGGCAUUGGCAGUGCAAAAAGUGCUGGAUUGGGAGCUUUCAUGUCGGAUGAAGAUAUGGAAACAAUGGGAUAUUCAGAGACAAUCAGUGAAACCAUGAAACAAGAUGUUACCAAACUAACAGCUGAUUGCUAUAACAAUUUGUCAGCUUGUUUACUUAAGCAACCAAAUCCAAACUAUACAAAGAUUCUGGAAUAUUGUGAUAAAGUCAUUGAACUUGAACCCCAAAAUGCCAAGGCACAUUACAGGAAAGGACUGUCCUAUCUUAGCCUAGAUAAAUAUGAACAAGGGCUUGAUUCCUUCCAGAUGGCAUCAAGUCUUGACAGUUCAUUUCAAGCUUCAAAAUACAUCCAGCAGUGUAAGGAGGGAAUAAAGAAGCAAGAUAAACAGCUUCGUGAUGCUUACAAGGGAAUGUUUGAUAGACAAAAAUCCGGAAAUGAGACGCAGGAACAUGGAUGAUAAAGGGUUCCCUGGUACUAGAGACAAUAUGAUGUUGUAUUGAAGUAACAGAUAGAACCUUUAAAAUGACCUCAACUGUGCAGUGAUUACAAUUUGGAACUCUGAAGUUUCAUGUGUCUCUUCUGAGCUCUACUGGCCAGUGUUUUGACGCAUCUGUUUACAAUUUAAUUCUUGCUCACUUAUAUAUUUGAUGUAAAAAACAUGAAAAUCUGAUUAUUUCUAAAUGAAUAUCUAGAAUUUUUCAAAUUUCUUUUCAAAGAUUAUAAUGUCAAAAGCCCAUAAGCUUUAGGAGUAACGUAUAGAAGUUGUGUUUUUGUUAUCGAAAUUACCCAAUUUAAAAUGAUGCUUCGUUGAUACCUGACAUUGCAUUAUGCGAAUGUAUUGUACAUCUAUAUGUAUAGAUGCAUCUGAUGGUAUGAUCUACUUUUAUUUUGUAAUAAAAAAUAGUCUGAAUUAGUUAGUCGAAUCAAUUAAAUGACAUCUGUUUAAAAUAUUUAGACUUGAGUCUUUUGUGUCAUUAAAUUAUGUUUACACUAUUAUUUGACUUUUUUGUACAAUAAUGUCAUUAUAUGAUAUAUAUUAAAUUAAUGUAAUUCAACUACAGACAGUCCUUUCCUCACAUAACUUCAGAAGUUGCUCAUUUCCGCAAAGGGUUUUAUUGUCUGUAAGGCCAGUGAUUGCCAAAUCGUAUUGAUUUGUUGAACUCGAAGCGGAACUUUGUGUUUUAUGCAUUGCUACUGUUAAUACUAAAUAAUUACAAAAUAUUUACAGUCAUGAAAGGUUAUUUCGUUAAUAAAACUCAAGUCAAACAUU